AUGUCCAAUAAAGACACCCUUGUCAUCAUUCCAAGUUCCUUGUUCGAUUCAGGCAGCAACAUCUCAAAAGACCCGACGAAAACGUGGGCCGACGCACCUGACGGAGAGAUCGAAAGUCGGCCACUAGACAUUCCUGACGACUGGAGGCCGCCGUCCCACCUAUUCGCUCGCUUUUGCUUCACUCAACUUUGCUUGAUCAUUCUCGGAAAACCAGAUCUUGGGGAACUGUGGCAGGAUGUGAGCCACGAGGCGGGCUGGGAUAAGGUCAUGGGCAAUGACUUAUGGAAGGCACUGGACCACAGGGGAUGCUGGUAUCUUCCGUUCCUACGCCGUGUUUUUGGUAUGUGGGAACUCUCGGGACUGUUGUUCCUCCUGGAGUUCAACUUCAGAGUGUUGUUCGCCACGACCACCUUUGAGAUAGAGAUACAAGAGAUUUGGGCCCAUGCAGGGGAUUUUCUAACCUGGAAACCGCCCAAGGGGGCGAUUUUGAUUUGCCUCGCUUUCUCUUGCAUCGCGGACUUGCAUCUCGCUUUGUCUUGGACUUGCUUGGCGAGUUGUGGGCUUGGGCUUUUGCUAGAGGUGAAUGCGGUGAACUGCUGGAUGUUUCUUGCGGUGCCUUGCAUGUUCGCCCCAUUUUUUUUUGGCGUCACCUUGGGCUACUUGCAACAAAUUUGGGAUCGUGAUUGUCGAAUAUUCUAUAGCAUGUAA